AUGAGAAUAUCAGCUGUGAGCCCCCGUCACGUGGUUUGCUCCGGCCGAGAGGAUGAGCGGGUCCGUGUCUGGGUUUCCUCCGCGGCGGUUCGUCCUCCGUUCCUCCGCCUGAGCAAGUUGGUUUGGUCUGAUGUUUCCCCUCCGAGCGUCAUUUUGGAGAGAAUGCGUCUUCUCGUUUUUGCGACUUUAUUCGGAGUCCUUCUCGACGCAGGAGAUGCCCUUCAGAUCCAGUGUUACCAGUGUGAGGAGAUGAAGCACAAUGACUGCUCCACGCCAGAGUACAUCGUCAACUGCACCGUCAACGUACAGGACAUGUGCCAGAAGGAGGUGCUGGUCAAACCUGACGGAAUACAUUACCGGAAGUCCUGUGCCUCCUCUGGGGCUUGUCUCAUUGCCUCCUCCGGCUACCAGCAGUUUUGCACUGGGAGGCUGAACUCAGUCUGCAUCUCCUGCUGCAACACCCCGCUCUGCAACGGGCCUAAGAGGAAGCGCCCCGUCCCCUCGGCGGCGACGUCAAACCUGCGGACGCACUGGCCUCUUCAUCUCCUCCUGACCUUUUCCCUGCUGCCUCUGAUGCUCCUCCUCCCGCUGACGUAG